AGCUGAUGUCGUACAUUCAGAAGAAGACACAGCGCCGGCAGUCAAUGGUGGUGACAUUGAAUGACAAGAACAUGAAAGAGCUAGCAGACAUUGCUGAGUCCAAGACACAGAUGAUAGAGGAAUUCUAUAUGAAAGAAGCCGCGAUACGAGCUUCAAUCAUGGCCAAGAGUCAACACUGUCCGACGUCCGAAAAGAGAUGGAUGAACUCAACUACUUGAGGGUGUUAAGAGACCACCAAGCUAAGGAGAUCAAGGAUUUGGAGGCUGAAGUGGAAGCUGUCAAGCUGGGAAACAAGGAGCAGCAGCAUGACAUGAAGCAUGCGUACUUGCAGAAGAGGAAAGUCUUCGAGGACGAGGCCGAAGAGAAAAUCACGAAAAUGAAGCAGGAGGCGAAGCAGGAUGCUCAGAGACGAGUGCAGGAGCACAUAGUGCGGGUGAAACGUGAGAACGAGGCCCUACGUGCCAAGAUCAACGACCUCUCCGACGACUGCAAGGGCUUUGAGAAGUCGCGCGUCAAGUUUCUCCAGGAUAUUGGCGAGCUGGAAGCGGAGAAGCGCUCUCAAGAACGAAUCAAUCAGUUUCGCUACGGAACACCCAAGAGUUCAGCCAAGCCGCAGAACGCAGCAUCGAGCGUUCAGGAGCGGUUAUCGUUCACACAGUUUGUUCCCGACCGUCGCACGUUCCCGUCGGAUGGCAUUCCCCGUGCGCCUAUUCUCUCAGCCUUGCCCAGCAGUACCCGCCACAGCCGGCGCUCAUCGGGAGCUGCUCGCAAGAGGAACUAAUGAUGAUGGUAUGGUCAUACAGUCACGUGUUAUUGCUGGUAUUGCGUGAUCGUUGAUCACGUGAUGUGCAUGAUGUCGUCGCUACAUGCUCACUGAGUGGUCACAUGACAUGAUGUCAUCAGUCUGUAGUCACGUGAUCACAUGACAUGAUGUAAUCAUCAGUGUAUGGUUUCUGUGAUCAGACGAAAUGAUGUCAUUGGUAUUAUUAUACUCACCGUGGUCACGUGAAAUGUCAACAGUUGUAGUCAGGUGAUAACUUGAGGAACUGUCACAUCCGCUGUGACUCACAUGGAUUCUUCAUUGACCCAGCCUGAUCACAUGAUCAUAUUACAUGUAUAGACACGACAUCAGAUCACAUGAUCAGAAUAUUAGCAUGACAUCAUAAUUUGAUCACAUGAUCAGACUAUACUCGUUACACCAUAACUGGGUUUAUAGUUUAUACGCAUGACGUCAUAAUCAGAUCACAUGAUCAUGUGGAUAUGUGGAUAUUCAGAACAUCUCAAGAGCAUGUGUACUGUCAAAGAUAUUUUGCAAAGAGAGCGCAUGCUUACAGCUGUGCACACAUACGUUGACUGCCGGCGUGUUGUUCACUUUCUGAUGGGGCUGCAUCGGUUCUGAACGUCAUUCAUUGCCGCCACCUCUGUCU